AUGUUUCUGCAGAUCGCAGCCUGCUUUACCGUGAUCGGCCUCCUCUAUGGUUUGGUCUCAAAUUUGCAGCAGAAUCGAAGACUGGCUGCCAGCUUGCCGCCGGGACCGCCUGGUCACUGGCUAUUUGGAAACGUCCCCCCGAAAAAUUUUCCGUUCAUUCGCUUCGCGGAACUCACCGAAAUAUAUGGCCCGGUUUUCACCUUACGCUUUGGACGUCGAAUUGUGUGUGUGGUUGGCCGCCACCAGGCCGCCGUGGACAUUCUCGUAAAACACUCAGCGGAGACUACUGACCGACCCCGCGCUAUAGCAGCCAGUGAAAUGCUGAGCCAGGGUUUCCGCAUUUUGAUGACCCCUGCCGGUGAGCGGUUGAAGAAAUACAGGAGAGCGUUCCAUACGUGCCUUCAACCAAGCGCAGCCGCGACGUACAAGCCCAUCCAAUACAAUCAUGCGAAGAACUACAUUCUGGAUUGUUUACAUGACGGGAAGUGCCACUUGGAGCAUGGUAGAAGGUACGCUGCGAGCGUUGUCAUGUACAUUGGCUAUGGGAAGACUACGCCCACCUCGUACUCGGACCCUGAAGUGCAGGAAGUCAACAAAUGUCUUGGGCGGUUGAGCGAAGUCAUCAAACCGGGGGCGUAUCUCGUUGACACGUAUCCCAUCCUUAAGCAUAUUCCGGGCUACGCUUCACACUUGUGGCGAUAUGGCCGGGAGGAGCUGGCGCUGUACACCAGGCAAGCGAAUGCUGUCAGGAAGCAACUGGAAAAGGAUGAAGCCCAGCCGUCAUUUGCUGCAUACCUUAUCGAGAACCAGGAGCGUCUUGGGCUCUCGAACGAUGAGCUAGCCUACUUGUCUGGUGCUAUCUUUGGUGCGGGAUCAGACACGACUGCAGCUGCAAUCGCUGUGAUGACUAUGGCGGCUGCGUGUUACCCGGAGACUCAGGCCCGGGUGCAAGCCCAGCUGGACGAGGUGGUUGGCAGCGAUAGAGCCCCAACAUUUGAAGACGAGGAAAUGCUUCCUGAAGUCACCGCAUUUGUGCUUGAGGUCUACAGGUGGCGACCUGUGAGCGCAGGAGGUGUCCCCCACAGGUCUACAAAGGAUAUCGUUUGGAACGGUUAUGUGAUCCCCAAGGGCACUGAAAUCAUAGGAAAUCUCUGGGCAAUUGGACGAGAUCCUGAACUCUUUCCUGAUGCCGAAGAAUUUAGGCCACAGCGCUGGCUGAAUGAGAAUGGACGUAUCCGAGACGACUUGAAGUACCCCGUUUUCGGCUUUGGACGCAGAGUGUGUGUGGGGCAACACGUGGCUGACCAAUCUCUUUUUAUCAACACCGCUUUAGCCCUGUGGGCUUUCAAGAUCUCUCAAGAUCCUGCAAAACCUAUCGAUGUCCUUGCCUUCACAGACACAGCGAAUAUCCGUCCUCUGCCGUUCACUCUUCGUUUUGAACCGAGGGUGAAGGACAUAGAGGCAGUUCUAGAAGCGCACUUGGACUGA